AACCAAUUUAUACUUUUUCUAUGGACGGCGAAGCUUAUGGAGAUGGAGAGGAACAAAAAAGCGAGGAUGAGGACGAGAGUUAUUGGUUUGAUUGUUGCGAUGAUAGUGAUGUAGCAAGCUCUGGGGAUGAAGAUUACGGUAAGUCUUAUAAGUUUUCUGAUGAGGAAACAGAUGAUGAAGAAAACUUAGAAGUUGAACAAGAAGUGAAUGCAAAGGAAGCAGAGGUUAAAGAUGAAGAAGAUGAAGAAAUGGUAGAUGUGCCAAAAAAAGAAGAGAAUAAAAUCGUUCCAAUUGACAAGAGGAUGUCGAUUACUGCAAAAGAGUAUGUGCAAUUACUUAGUGGAGGUGUUGAUAUCGCUGUUGGAGCUAAACCGAUUGAUGCAUCUGUGAAUUUUCACAUCAAAGUCUAUGUGAAUCAGCAUACGUGUUUUGUAACAGAGCGAUCCGCCCGUUGUACACAAGCAACCAAGGAUAUACUUGGAGUACUUUACAAGAAUUUCGUUGGUGGUGUAGGCCCAGGCGUUGGAUAUUGGAAAGCUCAUCGUACACUUAAGUAUGCACGUGAAUUAGUUAGAGGUAGUCAGGAAACUGGGUAUAAAGACCUUCCAGAAUACUUAUACAGGAUUAGGAGAGCAAACCCCGGGACCCUUACUAGGCUUGAAGUAGAUGAGUUAGAUAGAUUCAAGAGAAAACAGGCUGCGCUUAUGACAACCGUUCUUACUAAAGGAGUUGAAAAAGCACUAGAGUCCCGAGUGAUUCGCGCUAGUAAGCUAAGUGUUCAGGAGAUUGAUCCCCAUCAAUAUGAAGAUGAGGCGUGUUCUGUACCUGAUUCAGUAACCGGGAAGUCUGUCAAUCAACCUUUUGUUAAGGUUAAAUCUGGGAGGCCUAAGAUGUCACGGAUUAAAGGUCAUUUAGAGGUUGCAUCACCGCGCAAAGUACCAAGGAAAGCAUAUGCUUGUUCUAACUGUGGAAAUGUUGGCCACAAUCGGCUGUCUUGCAAAGCUUAAUACAUUUGAUGAUUUGAACAUAUCUCUACUGUUAGUGUUGGACCAAUUUGUAAGAAUACAUUUGUUUUCUCUGUGUUGUUGUUUUCAGUUAAGCAAUCCUUAAUAUAAAAAACAGAGUUGU